AUGCACAAGUACCAGCCACGGUUCCACCUGGUGCGAGCCAACGACAUCCUGAAGCUGCCCUACUCUACCUUCAGGACAUACGUGUUCAAGGAGACGGAGUUCAUCGCGGUCACCGCGUAUCAGAAUGAAAAAAUAACUCAACUAAAAAUUGACAACAAUCCGUUUGCGAAAGGUUUCCGGGACACCGGAGCCGGCAAACGAGAAAAGAAUCUGUCGGUGUACCGCAGGCAGGCGCUGCUGACUGCGCGGUCGGAUACACGGGACGAUGAUGACGAGCGGCCCCUUGACGUCGGCGGACCAUCCAGUCCACCCCCUCCCUCGUCUACGACGCAACAUAAUACCACCUCGUGGUUUAGCUCAAGCGGUGCCGGUGGAGACUCAGGAGCCGAAGAGUGCAUAGAAGCCGGAUCGGACUCCUCAUGCUCAGGCGGAGCGAGAGCACCCUCCCCACCUCCUGGCCCGUCGCGCCCUUCCCCGGCGCCGGACGUCUCUCUCGGGCCACCGGUGCAACCUCCUCUCCUCCCGUAUUUAUAUCCACCGAGUCUGUACCCGCCGCCGUUCUUCCCACCACAUCAGAUGCCGCCGGGUCUGCUGUUCAACUUGCAUCCGUUACUGCAACAGUAUUCCUUGCCACCGCCACCUCCUACCCCCGGAAUACACGCGUCGCUCGGCAAGACGCACCGGUUCGCUCCGUACGCGCUGCCCGGGCUGGGCUCGGCGUUCGAGCAGGUAGCGCCGCGGGCGCGGUCGCUGAGCUCGUCACCGGCGCGAGCGCGCGCUGGGUCGCCACCGACGCGCGCUGCGUCGGCGGACCCUCCGCCGGAGCCCAGCUCCACGACCCCCGCCACUCCGCCAGCCUCGGACCUCAAGAGCAUCGAGCGUAUGGUGAACGGGCUAGACGUCGAAACCCAGGACUGA